CUUAGCAUGGAUCCCAUGUCAUAUGCACAGUUGAAGAGGCAAGCUGGGAACCAGGAUUUUAAAAAUGGAAAUUACUCUAUGGCCAUCAAAAACUAUGAUGAAGCUCUACAAACUCUUGGUUAUUUAAUGCAAUGGAUCCCGUGUUCCCGGGACAUAGCUGUGUUGCUGUGCAACAAAUCAACGGCCUUGUUCUGCCUGGGUAAAUGGAAGGAUUCAGUGGUUUUAGCCCACCAAAGCUUACAGUGGGAUCCAGAGUAUGUUAAGGCUUACUAUAGAGCUGGCCAUGCAUUCAUCAUGUUAUCAAAGUCUCGUGAGGCAGUUUCUAUGUUCCACAAAGGUCUUGUUCUCUUGAAUUCUUCUGCAGAUCAAACUCAAAUUGCUGAGUUCAUAGCAGGAAUCUUCAUAAGUGUAAAUGAUGAACGAUUCUUGCCACAAACUUUCCACCCUGCAUAUGAUCAUAUUUUCAGUGCACGUUUCAAUGCACUGAUUUGGCAAGCAGUGAUAGAAAGGCUGGCCCAGAAAGGGAAGUGGCGGUCUUGUCUGUUGUUGUUGCCUGAGAAGAAAGAGUUGCCCCGUGAUCUCAGAGUUAACCAGAUAUCUCUGAAGAAUCUCUUUGAGACAUCUGAGUUGUAUGGUCGCGGUGAGAAGCUGCAGGAAGUCGCGGAGUUAGUCAAGUGGCUGAUUUCCAUUGGGGCGAAGGCUGAGUCCAUCGGGCUGUAUCCUCUGCAUGCUGUUAUCAGACUGUGUAUCAAAGCAACAAAGAACCAUCUCUUCAGCUGGUUACUGACUUCGAGGCCAGAGCUGAAGGACAGGAUCAACCAGAAAGACAGAGAUGGACAGACCUUGCUGCAUAUUGUGGCCUCUUCCAGUGAAUAUUCACAGAAACGCAGACAAACAGAAGAUGUGAUCAUGCUCCUGAACUUUGGGGUUGAUCCCACUGUUCCAGAUGCACGGUCAAGAUGUGCCAUAGAUAUCUUAAAAAAGAACAAAAACUUUGAUGCUGCAAAAGAAAUCAGCAAGCACAUUGAGAAACACACUUCCUCUGGGAAACAGAAAGGAGAGAAUGAGAGUGCCACAGCUGAUACAGAUUCUCUCCAGGAUGUUUUGGAACAGUUUGUCCAGUUCUACAGGUGUGAAAAUGGAGUACAUAAUAAAAAUGUAUUGAAGGAAGAUGCAGUUAAACGAUUUCUGAAAUGGCUGUCUUCUGUGAAAGAAAUCCCUGAAGAAAUCUCAUGUGACAUCUCCAAUGCCUGUGCUAACAGCUUCAUAAAACAAUUGCUGGGGAAGCAAAUGUGGCAUAAAGUUUUGCUGCUCCUAACAGGGACAGUCAGUGGGGAAAAUCCAUCAGGUGGAGGACUCUUCAAAACCUGCAGUCUCUCAGAUGUUGACAUUGGCAGCAUUAUCCAACAGACUGAACAAAUGGAUAAGCAAGUGCAGCUCAUAAGAUGCUUGCUCGAACGAGGAGCUCUGCCUGAUGGUAUUGGAGCCAGCUCUGAAAUACCACUGAAAAUAUGCCUCAGAAAGAAUUAUUUUGAACUGGCAUAUUUGCUGCUGACCAAAGGUGCAGACCCUCGAAACCUCUCUGUUACACAAGGAGAUACUGCCUUGCAUGCUGCAGUUUUCAUCUCUUUAAAUAAUAAAGAUAGCACUGGUUUAAACAUUCUGAAUUAUCUACUUGACCUCUUUGCUUCAAGACCAUCUGACUUUCCAUAUCUUAAUCCAAACAUACAAGAUGACAAUGGAAAUACAGUGAUGCAUAUUGUUUUCCAGAGAGGAUUUUCAAAGCAGACUAAGAGAAUAACAGAGUUAUUGGCAAAAUUUGACAUUAACUUUAACAUAAAAAACAAAUCAGGAAAAGAUGUGAUGCAUAGAAUUAAAAAGAGAGAUCCACUGCUAGAAGCCUGGAAUAAUGCUGCACAGGAAAAGAAGAGGCACCGCCAAGACAGAGCAGGGCAGUUGGUUAAAACAUCUAAACCCCUUCCAGCCUCUGAGAUUUCACAGUCCAAGAGCACAGGGCGUUCUUCAUCUGGGCUCUCAUUAAAGGCACCGUCCAGCAACACAGUGCAUAACGAGUUAAAACCCCCGUGUUCCAUAAAAACAAAAAAGGGUCAGUUGGAAAAGCAGGAAACAGAAGGAAUAAACAGCCCCUUAACACUGCAGGAAAGUCUCGUGCAGGCAAUCACAGCUUUAAUUCAGCAACUGAAAGUGAGCGACACCCUGAAAAAGGAUCAUCCUCUGAUGCAAAAGCCGUCUUCAGCCCAGACUAACUCGGAAGAGGAAAGAAGUUCCUUGCAACCUUGUGGAAGCAUAGCUCAUCCUGAAAGAAAAGGGAAUGACUGGGAGAAAAAGAAGGGAAAAGAGGAAUUUAGUAUGGCCCUGCCUAAUGGAGAGAAGGAAGAACUAGAGGAAGAAAAGGGGAAGAGUCUGGAUAUUGAGGCAUAUGUGCUGGAGUUUGAUAACAUGACUUGGGAAAUAGAGUGCACUCCUGAAACGCUAAAGACUUUGAGCAGUAAAGCUGUGCCUCAUUAUCUGAAAGCUAAAACCAUAAUGACAAUUAAGAGGCUAGGCAACGGGGAAUGGUCUAGGGGCCUCCAGAAGCCACUAAAACACUUGAAAGCUGAUAUCCAGCUGUAUGAAGCUAAACUGGGCAAAGGUGCAAGAAUGCUAUGGGAACUUGCCAUUGACUUUUCUCCUCGUUGCAGUGAGAGUCCAGAAAAGAUCAUGGAGACAGAACAGACAAAAAGUUGUUCAGAAAAAUCAGGUAGAGUUUACACAGAAAUAAUUAGAAUUUGGGCCAUUGUUCUUGACCACUGCAAGCUGAACCGAGCCUUAGAAAAUAUAUGCACUUCUUACAACCGUGGCCUAUCCUGCAUUUUGAGGAAAAAGCUCAAGGGUAUAAUCAAAGGACAUCAGAGCCACAGUGUGACAACACAGAGGCGUAUUCCACGUUGUUAUGUUGAAGACAUGGAGGCAGAAAAAUCAAAAGAGCAUACCAUGCCUGAGUACUUCCCUCCAGCUAGUGCAGCAGAAUUGGAAUACAAUAUAAUGAAAUUUCACAGCUUCAGUACUAACAUGGCACUUAACAUUAUAAACGAUGUGCAGUCUUCCGUUGAUUACCCUUUCCGAGUUGGGGAGUUGGAGUACGCAGUGAUUGAUCUCAAUCCAAAGCCUAUGGAGCCAAUCAUUUUAAUUGGGCGGAGUGGGACAGGGAAGACAACUUGCUGCUUGUAUAGGCUUUGGAAGAAAUUCUAUUCUUACUGGGAAAAAUCCACCUUGGCAGAUGGACCUCUGUUGGAGAGGCAGACAUGGCAGCAGAGACAGUGCAGUGAGGUUGAAAAAGCUGGUUCAGGGAAGGAAGAGAGUGAACUAAAACACGAGAGUGAUGAUUCGAGUGAGGAGCAAGUGAGUGAUAAGCAAAACCAGGACAGCGAGGACGAAGAGGUUCCUGUGGACGCAGCUGGUGCAGAAAUGAAUUCAUGUGGUGACCAUGAAGAAGACCAAACGUGUAGUGCAGAAGCAUCAAACAGGCUGGAGCACCUGCACCAGAUCUUCGUAACAAAAAAUCCCGUCUUGUGCCGAGAAGUUCAGAAGAAUUUCAUUGAACUUAGCAAGUCUUCCAAGGUGACCAGUCACUUCAAGCCUCUGGACCCAAAUAUUCACAGGCUACAAGACAUUAAAGAUGAAAAUUUUCCACUGUUUGUCACCUCCAAGCAGCUGUUGCUAUUACUAGAUGCAUCCAUGCCCGACCCAUUUUUUCCAAGAAAUGAAGACGGAAGUCUUAAAAGAGUAAUUGUUGGUUGGAGUCCUCAGGAAGACUUGGUUGUACCAAACUGGCAGGAUGAGGAUGAAGAAGGUAAUCUUGAUGCAGAACAUGGUGAUGAUGGAGGAGCUGCAGAUGCGUGCUCUAAGGAAAGUGAUCCUUGGACUUUUGUCACUUUCAGUGUAUUUGCAAAUGAGAUAUGGCCAAAAAUGAUAAAAGGUAAAAGCUUGUACAAUCCAGCACUGGUUUGGAAAGAAAUAAAAUCAUUUCUGAAAGGCUCUUUUGAGGCACUGAGUUGCUUUGGGGGCAAGCUUACUGAGGAGCAGUACAAAAAGCUAGGCCGAAAGAGAUCACCGAACUUCACAGAAGACAGGAGUGAGAUCUAUCGCCUCUUCUGUCUUUAUCAGCAGAUACGAUCACAGAGAGGUUACUUUGAUGAAGAAGAUUUGCUGUAUAAUUUAUCUCAAAGACUUUCAAAGCUCAGGGAGCUGCCGUGGUCCAUCCAUGAGUUUUAUGGCGACGAGAUACAGGAUUUCACGCAAGCUGAGCUAGCCCUGUUAAUGAAAUGCAUCAAUGACCCCAAUGCCAUGUUUCUAACUGGUGACACUGCCCAGAGCAUAAUGAAAGGAGUUGCUUUUCGUUUUAGUGACCUGAGGUCACUGUUUCAUUACGCAAGCAAGAGCUCUGUGAACAAGAAGCAGCGUGUUAGGAAACCGAAAAGGAUAUAUCAGUUGUACCAGAACUACAGGUCCCAUUCAGGUAUUCUCCGUUUAGCAUCUGGAGUGGUUGAUUUGCUCCAGCAUUAUUUUCCAGAAUCUUUUGAUCGCCUUCCUCAGGACCGUGGUCUCUUUGAUGGGCCAAAACCUACAGUCUUGGAGUCCUGCAGUGUUAGUGACCUAGCAAUUCUGCUGAGGGGCAACAAAAGGAAAACACAACCCAUAGAAUUUGGAGCACAUCAGGUGGUAUUAGUGGCAAAUGAAACUGCAAAGGAGAAGAUACCUGAGGAACUUAGUUUGGCACUUGUACUGACAAUUUAUGAAGCAAAGGGCUUGGAAUUUGAUGAUGUCCUCCUUUACAACUUUUUCACAGAUUCAGAGGCUAGCAAAGAAUGGAAGAUAAUUUCUUCUUACAGUCCUGAUCCAGAUGUUCAAGUGGGAAGCAACUUGCUAAUUGAAGUGCCAUUAGAGGAUGCCACUGGUAUGCAGGAAAGGACUCCAUUUAAUGUAGAAAUGUACAAGAUGCUGAAUGGAGAACUCAAGCAAUUGUACACUGCAAUUACAAGAGCCAGAGUCAAUCUUUGGAUCUUUGAUGAAGACCGUGAUAAUCUAACUAAAAUGGUCACCCCUGCCCUUGUAGACUUAGAUGACAGCAUGUUUGCUAAAACUUCAACUCCAGAAGAAUGGAUUGCACAGGGAGACUACUAUGCCAAACACCAGUUCUGGGAGGUGGCUGCCAAAUGUUACCAAAAGGGAGGAGCAGCUGAGAAGUCAAAACUGGCCCUGACGCACGACGCUGUUCUCAAAGUGCGCGCGAAGAAAAGCAGCCCAAGGGAAAAACAGAUGGAAUAUAUGACAUUGGCUAAAACUUACUUGGAAUGUGGAGAGCCAAAACUAUCACUAAAAUGUCUGAUUCAAUCAAAGGAGUUCCGUCUUUGUGCAGAAUUGUGUAAAAAAUUAGGAAAGAUGAAAGAUGCUGCAGUUUACUAUCAGAAAAGCCAGUGCUACAAAGAGGCAUCUGAAUGUUAUGAACUAAUCGAGGAGUUUGAUCUGGCCAUUAAAAUGUAUUGUCAGGAAGAACUCUAUGAAGAAGCAGCAAAGGCAGUUGAAAGAUAUGAAGAUAUGUUGAAUGCAAAAGGACGAAUGGCUUCCAAACUCUCCUGUACAGCAAAUCAGUUGUAUUUGGAAGCAGCUGCAAAGUACCUGAGUAUGAGCAGGACUGAGGAAAUGAUGCAGGCCCUCUCAAAGCUUGAUAUAGAGGAUCAGCUUGAGUUUCUGAAGUCUCGUGGAUGUUUGCACCAAGCAGCAGACUUACUGAAAAGGAAGGAUCGCCAGGAAGAAGCUGCCAAGUUAAUGAGACAGCACGGGUUUGCUCUGGAAGCAGCCAACCUCACAGCUGUAAAAGAGUUUCGCGCAUCGUGUUUGCUUGCUGAAGCCCGUGCCAGGCUGAGUCGCGGUUCAGAUUUACACCUGGGGAACGUGGAGAGCAUCCUAAGAGAAGCCCUUGAACUUUGUGAACAAACUGGGCAGAAGUCUGGCGUUGCUGAGGCUGUGUUUUUGCAGGGAACUCUGAAAGGAGACUUCUUGAAGCUGAGCAACGCGUACUGCAAGUUCCUGUCUCUGAAUCAUUCCGCUGGUGCAGUCGAAGCUCUCUUUGCAUUAUGCCGCUGCACCACCCCUAGCCAGAGCAUCCUCUUCAUGGCAGCACGUGGCUUAAAGGCUCUUCUGAGUCUUGUUAGUGGCCUGAAGAAAGCAGCCACCAAUGCAGAGAAGGAUAUGGUGAAGUUAUGCUUUGCCUAUUUUGGGAUUGUCCCAACAGGUGACAGUUGCCAGGUGUCUCAAAAUGAAGCUGAACCCAUUCUCAAGUUUUUAUUAGACAAGCCAAGUCUAAAAGAGAGGAAGACGAAAGGUGAUUUCACCAUAAGCACAGAGAAAGUAAAAUCAGCUUUGAAGCAGCACCUGUUAAGCAGGUUGUGCUUUAUCACCCGUGAGUUACUGAGCAGGAAGUACCCUGAUAUUUGUAUGAAGUUCAUUGCUGGAUUGAACUGUGAAAAUAAAACCUGUGAAGGUUACCACAAGCCCUUGUUGCGUCAUGAAGCAAAGACAAUAUUUCAGUGUAAAAUGCAUCUGGUGGCAAUAAAUGGACUGUUGUUGGAAGCCACAUACACUUUCCCUGAAGAGCUACUGAGUCAGUGCAAAAGCUUUGAGGACAUUUUGACUUCUGACAAAUAUGCAUCAUGUAAAGCCCUCCUAGGAAUAUUUUUUCCUAAUCAUUUUCAUUUGAGAAUACUGUCUGAGAACCCAAGGGCAUGCAAAGAAAUACUGCAAUUCAGUAGUGUUAUUUCCAAACCUUGUCGAGAGAUGUUGAGGAAGUACAUCACAUACAAGUUUAAUAAUGAAGACAUUGCAGCCAGAAGAGAAUCAACUGACUUGUGGCUAAGUGCCAUGAAGGUCCUUAUCUUAUCUUCAGGAUAUCCUGAAGAAUUUGAGAAACUUCUUUUUAAAGAAGAGGAUAAUUAUAACAAAGAGCUAAUGUUUGCUUUGGCAAAGGCAAAAAGUUACCCAAACAAUAAAGGAGAAAAGACCAAAGGAAUAGAGGGCAGACAUGGUAUGUUGCUACCUGACAAAAAUGUUGAAAACACAGGAAGAACACACUUGUGCUUCAUUCGGCUUCUUGAAAAUUCACUUGAGCAAUUCUAUGUUCAUAAGAACCCAGAGAACUGCAAAAGAUUUUUUUUCCGUUUCAUGAAUGUCCUGAUCAAGAAAUGCACAAGGUACCUGAUUCCAAGCAUAGGAAAUACGGUGAUGUUGCUUGAAUUCCAGUAUAUUCUGUGCUGUGCUGUCCUAAUGCGUCUCUCCAAGAACAUUACUCUCUGCCUUCCAAAGAGUUACAUUGCCCUCCUUCAUUACUGGGAGUUUCUGUUCAGACGCAAGGACCAUUACAAAGAACUGAAAGACACAUUUUCUAUUAUACAGGAGUAUAGACCAAAGGACACAAAUUCAGCUGUGUACUAUUUCAGAACUCAUCUCUGUUAUCUAGCAGAAGUCUUGUGUGGUGUUCAUGGAAGGUUCAAUGUCCUCCUGGAUGCAUUCAGCGAUCCCGACUGCGUAACUUCAGGGGAGGCUGAGCGGACAGUAGUGCUGUGCUUAGUGAUGCUACUGAAUGCUGACCAGGUGCAGAGUUCUAAAGAUAAAUCCCUCUUACUCCACCUCUUUCCUGAAAUCAAGCUGAUGCUGGAAUUAAUGAGAAAAGACACUCCCUCAAAAGUACCUGAAAGAUUGCUGAGGGUCGUGGAACAAGUGGCUCAUGCUGCACAUGUGAGAGAAGUUGCUGCAGGCCUGCAAGAGCUGCUGACAGAGCGAGAUGAGGAGCACUUGGUUGACUGCCACUGGAAAUGGGACACUGCCUACACUCAGGGGCAUCCCCCCAUACGGGGCAUCCAGUAUGAACGCGUAAACCUGGACAGAUUUAUAACCUCUUUGGAUGAAAUAGAAUAUGCUGAUGAGCUGAAAGAGGAAUUUGAAGGGGUUCAUUGCUUAGAGGACCAAAAGGAUCCCCUGGAAGUCAUUGCACUCAGCAAGCAACAGAAACAAGAGAAGAAAGCAUCUGCUCAACGCCAGCUGUAUCGUGUGUUCCAUUUCAUUUCCCUGUAUGUCAAAUGGAAAAGGAAGGCCCGCUCCAGAGUUCAUCCUGUUACAAUGAAAGAAGAGGAAUUUUUAUCAGAGGUAUUCAAAAGAGCAGAUAUUGACCAAACCCAGUGUGAUCUCUGUGGUGUCAGAUUCAUCCAAAGUUCUGAGAACUAUUUCAGCCGCUCAGAGAGCAUGGAGGCAGACACUUCUGAACCUCUGACACCAACAGAGAGUAGUGGGGAAGAAAAGUUGCACGCUGAAGGAAAUGCAAUUUCUGUGGCCAGCGAGGCCUACAUGGAGCACAGAAACACAGAAGAACACAAAAAUAACCAUGCUGCCUACAGACACUACGCUGAGUUUUUCAGAAGAAAGAUAGAUCCAAUAAUACACGAUGGACUGGGAGUAGUGGAGGCCAUUACAGAAAGGGAUUACACCCGAGACCAUUUAGCAUAUAAAGAAGGUUCCAACUUACGCCAAAGGAAAAUCAAAGAGAAUAUUAAAAAAAUUUCAGAUGCAGUGGAGGAAAUCUAUGAGAAAAAAGCCUGGGCUAAAGCUGAAGAGGUAAUAAACACACAUGCCAACAAGUUGGUUUACACCAUUGAUGACGCUCGUAAGUGGCUGAAGCAAAUGGACUCUCACAGGAUAACAGAAGAAGGCUCGGUGCACGAUAAAGACUUGGAAAAUGAAGUGGAAGAUGAAAUUAUGGCUUUUGAAGAACUUGCCCAUAAAAAAAUCUCAAGGAGAAAAGGAAGACAUGGGAAACGAUAAUUUGAAAAAUUACUCCAGAUGGCUACUUUAUCCUCUUAACAAUCUAAGUUUAGAAUUAAUUUUUUAAAAAAAAAAAUAGAGGGAUGGGGCCAGAAAUCAGAAGAGGCUGAAGAAAAAGAGCAACUUAUGCUGUGUUUUAUUUUGGGGUUUCUUUAUGGCUUGUGUUGUGUCAGAAAAAUUACCUAUGUUAUGAUAAUGUAAUUGUUAAAAUCUAUGACUGGACCAAUUUCCUUUCAAACCUAUGUGAUAUCUUAAAAGUAACAAAAGCCAAAGAAACAAGCAAGUAGAAAAAACAUUAAUGUUCUGACUUAUCUCAGGGGUAUUUUUCCACUCAGUCUUUUUUUUCUUCUUCCUUGUAAACUGGCAUCAUCAUUCUUCUGAGCUGGAAUUCUUGGAAAAAUAGAUUGAUACUUUCUCUGAUUUUAAGAGUCUUGGUAUGUGUAGAACUUUUUGAGUCUUUGGGUGAGAUAUUUACAGUAUCUCUCUUUUCUAUUUUUAUAGACAAGAAAUCUCUAAACACAUUCAUAUUUCUGACAGCUGUAUAUUCUUCUGAUUACAUAGGUAUGAAAGUUAGGGGUUGUCUUUUACUUGAUCAAGUUUUGAUAUAAACUUCUACCUGUACCUAUUGAAAAAAAUUAUAAUCUUAAUUUUAAAGGAUGUUACACAUUUUAAGUGCUUUGUAAGGUUUAAUCAAUACAUUUUUGUAAUGUAUAAUGUUUUUAUAAAACCUAUAAAACUUUUAAAAUC